AUGAUAUAUUUGUUAGUAUUAUGUCAUUUGACCCGUAAUUUUGAUUUCGGGACCUCUCGUGGCAUACCUGGACCCAAACCGCUACCAAUUAUCGGCACUUUAUAUAAAAGCUUUACGAAACCUAUUCAAGAGGUGUUUGUCGACAAUGUUAAACAAUAUGGCAAAAUCUAUUGUGAUCACUUUGGAACAGUGCCAUCGGUGGUGAUAUCGGAUCCGCAAUUGAUUAAAGAUAUUAUGAUAAAAGACUUUCAUUUGUUCACCAAUAAAGAUAACUUCAACACUGGAGACAAACUGAACGAUAGAUCACUGUUUAAUCUUAAAGGAAAUGAAUGGAAAAAUAUGCGAUCAAUUAUAAGUCCAACAUUUUCGUCCGGAAAAAUUCGUUCAAUGCAUCCAAUAGUCAACGAUUGUAUCAAACGUUUGGAUGAAAAUUUUGAAAAACAUUUAACAAAUAAAAAUGUGGCCGAAAUAGAGGUCAAGAAAAUGAUGUCGAGUCUGACUAUGGAUGUGAUCGCUUCGUGUGCUUUUGGGACCAAAAUCGAUACCUAUGGACAACAAAAAAGUGAAUUUCUUAUAAACGCUCAGAAAGUGAUCACUCAUUCGUGGCGUUCAUUCAUUUUUUUGUUGACUUUAACAUUGUUUCCCAAAUUGAUUCAAUGGACCAGUUUUACGAUUCAUCCCCCGAGUGUUGAUAGAUUUUUCAGGACAGCUAUCCGAUCGAUAAUCAGUCGCCGAAAGACUGAAAAUACUAAAAGUAAAAACUAUUUGCGACUCAUUUUGGACGCACAGAACAAAACACUGGACACCACUGAUGACAAUGAUAUCAGUGGUGACAAUAGUGAAGAAAUUUAUGGAUCAAUUGGUGAUAAACAAAUAAGUACUAAUAAAUCCAGGAUUGAUAUUACCGAAGACGAUGUUUUGGCCACUAGUAUGUUGUUUUUUGUGGCUGGAUAUGAAACAACAGCUUCAUUGUUGACAUUUUUGACAUACAAUUUGGCGAUGAAUGACGAUUGUCAACAAAAAUUAUACGAAGAAAUCAAACAAUUUGAUGGCAACUAUACCUAUGAGUCCAUCUCAAAGAUGCCAUAUCUUGAGGCGUGUAUUGCAGAAACACUUCGUUUAUAUAAUCCCUUGUCUGCCAUCAAUAGAAUAGCUGCUGAAGAUUAUAAAUUAGGCGAUACCGGCAUAACUUUACCAAAGAGUACUAUUGUUAGUUGUAACGUCCAAUACUUACAUCGCAAUCCCGAAUACUAUCCCGAACCCGAUCGUUGGAAUCCCGAACGGUUUAUGCCCUACAAUCGGGAUAAGUUAGUUCCCUAUACUUAUAUGCCGUUUGGUUUGGGUCCCAGAAAUUGUGUGGGAAUGAGGUUUGCAUUGACUGAGGCCAUGUCAACGGCGGCCUAUUUUAUCAGUAAAUACCGAUUUGUGCGGACAGACAAUACUCCCGAAAAAUUGAAACCAUUGAAAAUGCAAUUUGUGGUUAACUGUGGAGAAAUUAAAAUUAUGGCAUUAGUUAUAUUGAUUGCGAUCAUUACUAUAAUUGGUUUACUCUACUAUUAUUUGACCCGUAAUUUCCGUUUCGGUACCUCACUUGGCAUCCCUGGACCGAAACCGCUACCAAUUGUCGGCACAUUUUAUCAAAGCUUUACGAAACCUAUUCAAGAUGUGUUUGUCGACAAUGUUAAACAAUACGGCAAAAUAUAUUGUGAUUACUUUGGAUCGAUGGCAAUGGUAGUGAUAGCGGAUCCACAAUUGAUUAAAGAUGUUAUGAUAAAAGAUUUUAAUUUGUUCACCAAUAGAGAUGACUUAAUCACUGGCGAUAUACUGAACGAUAGAUCACUGUUUAAUCUAAAGGGAAAUGAAUGGAAAAAUAUGCGAUCAAUUAUAACACCAACCUUUUCGUCGGGCAAAAUGCGUUCAAUGCAUCCAAUAGUUAGCGAUUGUAUCAAACGAUUGGAUGAAAAUUUUGACAAACAUUUGACAAAUAAAAUGGUGGCCGAAAUAGAGAUCAAGAAAUUGAUGUCUAGUCUGACUAUGGAUGUGAUCGCUUCGUGUGCUUUUGGGACCAAAAUCGAUACCUAUGGACAACAAAGAAAUGAAUUCCUAAUAAACGCUCAGAAAGUGAUCACUCAGUCGUUUCGUACAUUUAUCUUCUUCUUCACGGUUACAUUGUUUCCUAAAUUGAUUCAAUGGACAGGAUUUACGGUUAAUCACCCGAAUGUUAAUAGAUUCUUCAGGACAGCUAUCCGAUCGAUAAUCAGUCGCCGAAAGACUGAAAGUAUUAAAAGUAAAGAUUAUUUGCAACUCAUUUUGAACGCACAGAACAAAACACUGGACAGCAGUGACGACAAAGAUAUCGGUGGUGAUAAUAGUGAAGAAAUUUAUGGAUCAAUUGGUGACAAACAAAGCACUAUUAGUAAACCCAAGGUUGAUAUUACCGAAGACGAUGUUCUGGCUUCUAGUUUGUUGUUUAUUAUUGCCGGCUAUGAAACUACCGCUUCUUUGUUGACAUUUUUGACAUACAAUUUGGCGAUGAAUGACGAGUGCCAACAAAAAUUAUACGAAGAAAUCAAACAAUUUGAUGGCAACUAUACCUAUGAGUCCAUAUCAAAGAUGGCAUAUCUUGAGGCGUGUAUUGCAGAAACACUUCGUAUUUACAAUCCAUUGGUUUCCGUCAAUAGAAUGGCUGCUGAAGAUUAUAAAUUGGGCGAUACCGGCAUAACAUUACCAAAGAAUACUAUUGUUAGCGCAAACAUUCAAUACAUACAUCACAAUCCCGAAUACUAUCCCGAACCCGAUCGUUGGAAUCCCGAACGGUUUAUGCCCUACAAUCGGGAUAAGUUAGUUCCCUAUACUUAUAUGCCGUUUGGUUUGGGUCCCAGAAAUUGUGUGGGAAUGAGGUUUGCAUUGAUGGAGACAAAGACAGCCACAGCCUAUUUGGUCAAUAAAUAUCGAUUUGUGCGGACAGACAACACUCCCGAUAAACUAAAACCAUUGAAAAUGCAAAUUUUGUUAAAUUGUGGAGAAAUUAAAGUAGGAAUCAAACAUAGAGUAUAA